CUUGUCUACGUUCACCCCGCCCAUGGCCUCCUCCCCGCGAUCCCAUCCAGGUUCAUCCUCCCCCUCCGUUUCUACCAGUGCUAUUAUAUAUUCAUCCGCAACCACUGCGAAGGCCGCGCGAGAAGAAGAGGAGGAGAAAGGGGGGCGCAUUAUAAGUAGGUGGAGGCGGAGGAGGAGAGCAAAUCGGGGAGGGGAGCCAUGGCGACGCAGGGCGCCUUCGCGGUGAGGUUGCCGCGGGUGUCGAGGCGGGGGAGCGAUUCGACGGUGGCGGUGCCGGCGGCGCCGGCGAGGGUGGGCGUGGCGGUGGGGAGGGGGAGUGGGAGGGGGAGGAAGGGCGUGGCGGUGAGCCGGGGGGUGAGGUGCAGGGCGAGCUUGAUCGAGCCUGACGGGGGCAGGCUGGUGGAGCUGGUGGCGGCCGAGGAGGGCGGGAGGAGGGAGGCGCUGCGGCGGGAGGCGGCGGCGAUGCGGCAGCGGGUGAGGCUGGGGCGGGUGGAGACGGAGUGGCUGCACGUGCUCAGCGAAGGGUGGGCGAGCCCGCUGCGAGGGUUCAUGCGCGAGAGCGAGUUCCUCCAAGCACUUCAUUUCAACGCCAUCCGCGGCGACGACGGGGGCAUGGUCAACAUGUCCGUCCCCAUCGUGCUCGCCGUCGAUGACGCGCAGCGCCGUGCCAUCGAGGCCUCCGGCGCACGCCGCGUCGCGCUCGUCGACGCGGCCGACCGGCCCCUCGCCGUCCUCAGCGACAUUGAGAUCUACAAGCAUAACAAAGAAGAAAGAAUUGCACGGACAUGGGGAACAACUGCACCUGGGUUGCCUUAUGUUGAUGAGGCGAUUACAAAUGCUGGUGAUUGGUUGAUUGGUGGUGACUUGGAGGUUAUAGAACCAAUCAAGUACAACGAUGGCCUCGAUCAGUAUCGCUUGUCUCCAGCCCAGCUGCGUGAGGAGUUUGCCAGGCGCAAUGCUGAUGCAGUAUUUGCGUUUCAGCUUCGCAACCCUGUGCAUAAUGGGCAUGCUUUGCUCAUGACUGAUACGCGCAAACGGCUUCUCGAGAUGGGUUACAAAAACCCUGUUCUUCUCCUCCAUCCAUUGGGAGGAUUCACAAAAGCAGAUGAUGUGCCUCUUAGUUGGAGAAUGAAGCAGCAUGAAAAGGUCCUUGAGGAAGGUGUCCUCAACCCAGAAUCAACUGUUGUUGCAAUCUUCCCCUCGCCAAUGCAUUAUGCUGGGCCAACUGAAGUGCAAUGGCAUGCUAAGGCUCGUAUAAAUGCUGGUGCAAACUUCUACAUAGUUGGAAGAGAUCCUGCUGGAAUGGGCCACCCAACUGAAAAAAGGGACCUGUAUGAUGCUGAUCAUGGGAAGAAGGUGCUGAGUAUGGCUCCUGGUCUUGAGAGGCUCAAUAUCCUUCCUUUCAAGGUGGCUGCAUAUGACACAAAGCAAAAGAAAAUGGACUUUUUCGAUCCAUCAAGGAAAGAUGAUUUCCUGUUCAUCUCUGGCACAAAGAUGCGUACACUUGCCAAGAAUCGCCAGAGCCCCCCUGAUGGAUUCAUGUGCCCGGGUGGCUGGAAGGUCCUUGUUGAAUACUACGACAGCCUGACGCCUUCUAUGGGCAGCAGCAAACUUCGCGAGCCGGUUGCUGCCUAGGAGCUGAAAACUACCUCAAAUAAGCAAUAACAUUGUACUACUAUCUUGCAACUGUAAAACGGUUCUUUGAGACAGAACCAAUGGUAUAUGAUUGUAUACUGGUCGCAAGGCCUAACAUUUGGGCUUGAUUCGGACAUCCCGGUGUGGUUUGUAUUUGCCAUAUCAUCUGGUAGUGCUGCACUGGGAGCCCAUCAUGUGCUUGGCGUUAAUAAGGAUGGGCUUUUUAUGCUCUGCCAGAUCUGUACAUACACAAUGUGGUGGUAUUUAUAUAGUGCUUGGUGUGUUUACUAA